AUGACUAAUAUCGAGCAAUCUCGGGAAGACUCAACUACAGAUUCAUUAGACGUUCCUAACGAAGAAGGUGAAGAAGCAGGAGAAAAUGAUGAGCAUUAUGAAGAGGAUGUUCAGGCUUUAAAUGAAUUCGAAACUUUACUUGAAUCAAAAUCAAUGGGGGAUAUUAGUGGAACGAAAACCGGAUUGACAUUUCAAGUAUUAUAUGACCUGAUCGAAGAAAUUACUACGGAUGUAAUCAUUGAGACACACAAGGAGGCAAAAUUAGCGGCAAUGGCAUUCACUCCACCAGGUGUAGAUAUCUUCGGUAAUAAUCCGCAACCAGCUUCCAAUACGCCCGUGUACGAGUGCGUCAAUUGUCACAGACCAUACCCAUCUGCUCGAUAUGCGCCACAUUUGGAGAAGUGUAUGGGAUUGGCUGGGAGAAUAUCCAGUAGAGUAGCUAGCAGAAGAAUUGGGGCCGACAAGAGUCCAGCUUCUCCAUCAACUCCGCUUACACAUUCAGAAGACAAUGCCAAUUACAGUGAAUCUGAUUCAAGUUACGUUGAUAAAAAACGAAAGAGAGUGAAUGGGAGAUCAAGGGCCUCAUCACCGGCGAGAUUUGGAAAGACAAAGCAGAAAAAAUCAAAUGCGACGGACGCUAGCAGUCAAUCAGGGUUAUAUGGAAGCGUAAUGAAGAAACUGAAAUUGCUCAGUUCAAAGAGGGCCUCUUCAGCAUCCACUAGUCCUGCACAUUCCUCAGCGGCAAGCAGCCCACCCCAUGGACCAUCGACUUUACGAUAUUCGAUUUCCCUUCCACUUGAGAGUGCGCUAGAGAAAACUUCCUUGUCAUAUGGGGGCCUUGACUUGGAUGAGACACUUGGAAACCCAAUAACGAACGAGAAUUUUGACGAGUCGAUAAUAUCAUCACCAGCAACUACAACUACACAAUCAUCUAUGGCUGACAAUGAGGAUAUUAUUGAUAUUGAUGGUGACGAUGAUACACAACAGGCCUCGAAUAGAAGAUAUAGAUAUACAAACGCUAUGCUUAACAAUUCUGAAAAUCACAAGCACUAG